AUGAGUAAAGAACUUUGUACCUGGGCACUUGAUAAACUGUUUCUUUCAUUACAGGAAAACUUGACAUUCCAGGAUGUGGCAAUCUACUUCUCUCCAGAUGAGUGGAACAGCCUCAGCUUUGCACAGAGGGCAUUGUAUAGGGAUGUCAUGUUGGAGAACUACAGUAAUAUGGUCUCUGUGGUCUUAUCUAAGGAUAUGCUCAUGUAUUUCUUCCAACACGCAGGUCUUUUGGUGCCAAAACCAGACCUGAUCAGCUCUCUUGAACAAAACAAAGGGCCCUGGAAUAUGAAAAUAGGAGGGACAGAAGACAAUGAACAAGUAUUUUAUUCUCAUCAAACACAAGAUGUAUUUUCAAAGGAGAAUAGACAAGAUUCUGUCAAGAAGUUGGUAUCAGGAAUAUCUCAUGACCAGAAAGAAUGGAAGCAUUAUAUGAGGAAUCAAAAUGAAGAGAGACAAAAUAACUAUAUGGAAUAUGGAAAGUACUUCAAAAAAUCUUCAUGUGUCACUAGGCGUAAGAGAAUUAAUCCCAAACAAAAAGCAUACAAAUGUAAAGAUUGGGGCAAGUCAUAUACCCAUCAUGCAAAUCUUCAAGAUCACCAGAGAAUCAAUCCUGGUGAGAAACCUUACAGAUGUCAGGCAUGUGGCAAGUCAUUUACUCGGCAUGCAAAUCUACAAGAUCACCAGAGAAUACAUACUGGUGAGAAACCUUACAGAUGUCAAGCAUGUGGAAAGUCCUUUACCCAGGUCUCACAUCUUCAGAGACAUCACAGAAUCCAUUCUGGUGAGAAACCUUACAGAUGUCAAGAAUGUGGAAAGUCCUUUACCCGGGUCUCAAAUCUUCAUAAUCAUCACAGAAUCCAUACUGGUGAGAAGCCUUACAGAUGUCAAACAUGUGGCAAGUCCUUUACCCAGGUCUCACAUCUUCAGAGACAUCACAGAAUCCAUACUGGUGAGAAACCUUACAGAUGUCAAGAAUGUGGAAAGUCCUUUACCUGGACCUCAUCUCUUCACAUUCAUCACAGAACCCAUACUGGUGAGAGACCUUAUAGAUGUCAAACAUGUGGAAAGUCCUUUACCCAGGUCUCACAUCUUCAGAGACAUCACAGAAUCCAUACUGGUGAGAAACCUUACAGAUGUUAAGAAUGUGGCAUCUUUACCUAGGUGUCAACUCUUCAUAAUCAUCACAGAACCCAUACUAGUGAGAAACCUUACAGAUGUCAAGAAUGUGGCAAGUUCUUUGUCUAUAACAGAAAUCUUCAAGAUCACCAAAGAAUCCAUACUGGUGAGAAACCUCACAAAUGUCAAGCAUGUGGCAAAUCCUUUACCAAGGUCUCAACUCUUCAAUCUUUUCAAUCUCACCAGAGAAGUCAUAUUAGUGAAGAACCUUACAGAUGUCAAGAAUGUGGCAAGACCUUUACCUGGGCCUCAGCUCUUCACAGACAUCACAGAAUCCAUACUGGUGAGAAACCUUAUAGAUGUCAAGAAUGUGGCAAGUCCUUUACCCUGCUCUCAAAUCUUAAUAUGCAUCACAGAAUCCAUACUGGUGAGAAACCUUACAGAUGUCAAGAAUGUGGCAAGUCCUUUACCUGGGCCUCAGCUCUUCACAGACAUCACAGAAUCCAUAAUGGUGACAAACCUUAUAGAUGUCAAGAAUGUGGCAAGUUCUUUACCCAGCUCUCAAAUCUUCAUAUUCAUCACAGAAUCCAUACUGGUGAGAAACCUUACAGAUGUCAAGAAUGUGGCAAGGCCUUUACCCAUGCUUCAACUCUUCUAUCUCAUCAAAGAAUCCAUACUGGUGAGAAACUUUACAGAUGUCAAGACUGUGGCAAGUCCUUUACCCAGCUCUCAAAUCUUCAUAUUCAUCACAGAAUCCAUACUGGUGAGAAACCUUACAGAUGUCAAGAAUGUGGCAAGUCCUUUACCCAGGUCUCAAAUCUUCACACUCAUCACAGACUCCAUACUGGUGAGAAACCUUACAGAUGUCAAGAAUGUGGAAAGUCCUUUACCCAAAGAGCAACUCUUCACACUCAUCACAGACUCCAUACUGGUGACAAGCCUUAAAAUUGUGAGGAAUGUGGAAAGUGCUUCAACAGAUAUGCAUGCCCCACUAUGCAUAAGAGAAUUAAUUCCAAAGAGAAGGCAUACAAAUGUAAAGAUUGUGGCAAGUCAUUUAUCUGUCUCACAAACUUUCAAUCUCACCAGAGAACCCAUUCUGGUGAGAAACCUUACAAGUGUCAAAUAUGUGGCAAGUCCUUUACCCGGGUCUCAAAUCUUCAUAUUCAUAACAGAAUUCAUACUGGUGAGAAACCUUACAGGUGUCAAGAAUGUGGAAAGUCCUUUACCCAGAACUCAACUCUUGUAUCUCAUCAAAGAAUUCAUACUGGUGAGAAACCUUACAGAUGUAAAGAAUGUGGCAAGUCCUUUACCUCGGCCUCAGAUCUUCAGAAACAUCACAGAACCCACACUGGUGAGAAACCUUAUAGAUGUCAAGAAUGUGGCAAGUCCUUUACCUGGGUCUCAAAUCUUCAGAAACAUCACAGAACCCAUACUGGUGAGAAACCUUACAGAUGUCAAGAAUGUAGCAAGUCCUUUACCCGGAUCUCAAAUCUUCAUAUUCAUAACAGAGUUCAUACUGGUGAAAAACCUUACAUGUGUCAAGAAUGUGGAAAGUCCUUUACCCAGAUCUCAACUCUUCUAUCUCAUCAAAGAAAUCAUACUGGUGAGAAACCUUACAGAUGUCAAGAAUGUGGCAAGUCCUUUACCCGGGUCUCAAAUCUUCAUAUUCAUAACAGAGUUCAUACUGGUGAAAAACCUUACAUGUGUCAAGAAUGUGGAAAGUCCUUUACCUGGGCCUCGACUCUUCUCUAUCAUCAAAGAAUUCAUACUGGUGAGAAACCUUACAGAUGUCAAGAAUGUGGCAAGUCCUUUACCAGGGCCUCAGAUCUUCAGAAACAUCACAGAACCCAUACUGGUGAGAAACCUUAUAGAUGUCAAGAAUGUGGCAAGUCCUUUACUUGGGUCUCAAAUCUUCAUAUUCAUCACAGAAUUCAUACUGGUGAGAAACCUUACAGAUGUAACGAAUGUGGCAAGUCCUUUACCAGUGCCUCAGAUCUUCAGAAACAUCACAGAACUCAUACUGGUGAGAAACCUUACAGAUGUCAAGAAUGUGGCAAGUCCUUUAUCCAGCUCUCAAAUCUUCAUAUUCACCACAGAACUCAUACUGGUGAAAAACCUUACAUGUGUCAAGAAUGUGGCAUGUCUUUUGCCAGGGCCUCAGUUCUUCAUAACCAUCAACGAAUUCAUACUGGUGAGAAACCAUACAAAUGUCAAGAAUGUGGCAAGUCCUUUACCCAGCUCUCAUCUCUUCACAAUCAUCACAAAUUCCAUACUGGUGAAAAACCUUACAAAUGUAAAGAAUGUGGCAAGGACUUUAAAACAAAUUCAAGUCUUAGAAAGCAUCACAAAAUGCAUGCCAAUGAGAAGAUCUAUGAGCUAUGCGAAGAAUGUGGAAAGUGCUUCAACAGAUAUGCAUGCCCCACUAUGCAUAAGAGAAUUAAUUCCAAAGAGAAGGCAUACAAAUGUAAAGAUUGUGGCAAGUCAUUUAUCCAUCACUCAAACUUUCAAUCUCACCAGAGAAUCCAUACUGGUGAGACACCUUACAAGUGUCAAAUAUGUGGCAAGUCCUUUACCCGGGUCUCAAAUCUUCAUAUUCAUCACAGAAUUCAUACUGGCGAGAAACCUUACAGGUGUCAAGAAUGUGGAAAGUCCUUUACCCAGAACUCAACUCUGCUAUCUCAUCAAAAAAUUCAUACUGGUGAGAAACCUUACAGAUGUAAAGAAUGUGGCAAGUCCUUUACUAGGGCCUCAGAUCUUCAGAAACAUCACAGAACCCAUACUGGUGAGAAACCUUACAGAUGUCAAGAAUGUGGCAAGUCCUUUACCCAGGUCUCAAAUCUUCAUAUUCAUCACAGAAUUCAUACUGGUGAGAAACCUUACAGGUGUCAAGAAUGUGGAAAGUCCUUUACCAGGGCCUCAGAUCUUCAGAAACAUCACAGAACCCAUACUGGUGAGAAACCUUACAGAUGUCAAGAAUGUGGAAAAUGCUUUACUCAGUUCUCACAUCUUCAUAUUCAUCACAGAAUUCAUACUGGUGAGAAACCUUACAGAUGUCAAGAAUGUGGCAAGUCCUUUACCCAGUUCUCACAUCUUCAUAUUCAUCACAGAAUCCAUACUGGUGAGAAACCUUACAAGUGUCAAGAAUGUGGAAAGUCCUUUACCUGGGCCGCAACUCUUCUAUAUCAUCAAAGAAAUCAUUCUGGUGAGAAACCAUACAAAUGUCAAGAAUGUGGCAAGUCCUUUACCCAGUUCUCACAUCUUCAUAUUCAUCACAGAAUUCAUACUGGUGAGAAACCUUACAGAUGUAACGAAUGUGGCAAGUCCUUUACCAGUGCCUCAGAUCUUCAGAAACAUCACAGAACUCAUACUGGUGAGAAACCUUACAGAUGUCAAGAAUGUGGCAAGUCCUUUAUCCAGCUCUCAAAUCUUCAUAUUCACCACAGAACUCAUACUGGUGAAAAACCUUACAUGUGUCAAGAAUGUGGCAUGUCUUUUGCCAGGGCCUCAGUUCUUCAUAACCAUCAACGAAUUCAUACUGGUGAGAAACCAUACAAAUGUCAAGAAUGUGGCAAGUCCUUUACCCAGCUCUCAUCUCUUCACAAUCAUCACAAAUUCCAUACUGGUGAAAAACCUUACAAAUGUAAAGGAUGUGGCAAGGACUUUAAAACAAAUUCAAGUCUUAGAAAGCAUCACAAAAUGCAUAGAAUUAAUUCCAAAGAGAAGGCAUGCAAAUGUAAAGAUUGUGGCAAGUCAUUUAUCUGUCAUGCAAAAUUAAAAGCUCACCAGAGAAUCCAUACUGGUGAAAAACCUUACAGUUGUCAAGAAUGUGGCAAGUCCUUUACCCAAAUUUCAGAUCUUCAAAGACAUUACAGAAUCCAUACUGGUGAGAAACCUUACAGAUGUCAAGAAUGUGGCAAGUCCUUUACCUGGGUCUCAAAUCUUCAGACUCAUCACAGAACUCAUACUGGUGAGAAACCUUACAGAUGUCAAGAAUGUGAGAAAUCCUUUGCCUGUAUCUCAACUCUUCUAUCUCAUCAAAGAAUUCAUACUGGUGAGAAACCUUACAGAUGUCAAAAAUGUGGCAAAUCCUUUACGCAGAUCUCAACUCUUCUAUCUCAUCAAAGAAUUCAUACUGGUGAGAAACCUUACAGAUGUCAAAAAUGUGGCAAAUCCUUUAUGCAGAUCUCAACUCUUCUAUCUCAUCAAAGAAUUCAUUCUGGUGAGAAACCUUACAAAUGUAAAGAAUGUGGCAAGUCUUUUGCCAGGGCCUCAGAUCUUUAUAAGCAUCAAAGAGUUCAUACUGGUGAGAAACCUUACAGAUGUCAAGAAUGUGGCAAGUCCUUUACCCAGGCCUCAGCUUUUCACACUCAUCACAGACUCCAUACUGGUGACAAGCCUUACAAAUGUAAAGAAUGUGACAAGUCCUUUCACACAAAUUCAAGUCUUAGAAAGCAUCACAAAAUGCAUGUAAUGGAAACCAAUUAUGAAUGUCAAGAAUGUGGCAAGACCUUUACCCAGUUCUCUAAUAUUCACAGACAUCACAGAAUCCAUACUGAUGAGAAACCUUAUAAAUGUCGAUAAUGUUGCAAGUUCUUUUCUAUCAGAAAUCUUCAAGAUCACCAGAGAAUCCAUACUGGUGAGAAACCUUACAAAUGUCAAGCAUGUGGCAAGUCAAUUCCCAACUUCUUAACUCUUCAAACUCAUCAAAGAUUUCAUACUGGUAAGAAACUUUACAGAUGUCAAGCACGUGGCAAGUCCUUUUCCAAGGUCUCAACUCUUCAAUUUCAUCACAGAAUUCAUAUCCAUGAGAAACCUUACAGAUGUAAAGAAUGUGGCAACUUCUUUACCCGUCACAAAAAUCUUCAAGAUCACCAUAGAAUUCAUACUGAUGAGAAACCUUACAGAAGUCAAGAAUUUGGCAAGUCCUUCAUUGAGUCUAUCAUUUAUCCCAGUUGCCCCUCCCUCCCGUCUUCCUAUUCCUUCCACAUUACCCCCCCCUGUUCUCCACCUCAUCAACUCCUCAAAAAGGAUAAGGGAAUCUUGACAUUCCAGGAUGUGGCAAUUGAUUUCUCUCCAGAUGAGUGGGACUGCCUUGACUUUGCACAAAGGGCUUUGUACAGGGAAGUCAUGUUGGAGAACUACAGUAACAUGGUCUCUGUGGGUCUUUCAGUGUCAAAACCAGACCUGAUCAGCUUUCUUGAGCAAAGCAAAGAGCCCUGGAAUGUGAACGUAGGAGAGACAGAAGGCAAUGAACAAGUUUUAUAUUCUUAUCAAACACAAGACUUAUUUUCACAGGAGAAUAGACAAGAUUGUAUCAACAAGUUGGUGUCAGGAAUAGCUCAUGACCAGAAACAAGGGAGGCAUUAUAUCAACAAUCAAAAUGAAGAGAGACAAAACAAUUGUAUAGAAUGUGGAAAGUGCUUCAAUAAAGAUGCAUGCCCCAAUAUGCAUAAGAGAAAUAAUUACAAAAAGAAGACAUACAAAUGUAAAGAUUGUGGCAAGUCAUACACCUGUCAGGCAAAUUUUAAAGAUCACCAGAGAAUCCAUACUGUUGAGAAACCUUACAGGUGUCAAGAAUGUGGCAAGACCUUUACGUGGGCCUCAGCUCUUCACAGACAUCACAGAAUCCAUACUGGUGAGAAACCUUACAGGUGUCAAGAAUGUGGCAAGACCUUUACUUGGGCCUCAGUUCUUCACAAACAUCACAGAAUCCAUACUGGUGAGAAACCUUACAGGUGUCAAGAAUGUGGAAAGUCCUUUACCCGGGUCUCAACUCUUCACACUCAUCACAGACUCCAUACUGAUCAGAAACCCUACAGAUGUCAAGAAUGUGGCAAGUCCUUUACCCGGGUUUCACAUCUUCAUAUUCAUCACAGAAUCCAUACUGGUGAGAAACCUUACAGAUGUCAAGAAUGUGGCAAGUCCUUUACCUUGGCCUCAGCUCUUCAGACUCAUCACAGAACCCAUACUGGUGAGAAACCAUACAGAUGUCAAGAAUGUGAGAAAUCCUUUGCCACUAUCUCAACUCUUCUAUCUCAUCAAAGAAUUCAUGCUGGUGAGAAACCUUACAGAUGUCAAAAAUGUGGCAAAUCCUUUACCCAGAUCUCAACUCUUCUAUCUCAUCAAAGAAUUCAUACUGGUGAGAAACCUUACAGAUGUAAUGAAUGUGGUAAGUCUUUUGCCAGGAACUCAACUCUUUAUAAGCAUCAAAGAAUUCAUACUGGUGAGAAACCUUACAGAUGUCAAGAAUGUGGCAAGUCCUUUCACACAAAUUCAAGUCUUAGAAAGCAUCACAAAAUGCAUUUAAUGGGUACAUUUCAUGAAAUUUCUUAG